AUGAGCCAGUGGUUAUUGUCGCCAACACCGUUCUUGGGUGAUUCCUUUCUGUCCAUCAUCACAACCACUUCUCUAUGGUGUGCACUUGCUUCUGUAGCAAUUAUUGUUCUCUAUUGUUUGCGAAUGUUUUAUCAAAUCUACCGAAAUUAUUCUCUCGUCAAACACAUUCCUGGAUCUUGGCAAGUGGCAUUUGCUCCCUUUCAUAUCCCUCUGAUUUCUCCCAUUUGUAAUUAUUCGGACGUGAGAGGUGUUUUAAAUUGUGCUAAAAAGAUUGGAGAUUCAGAGAAUGGCAUAUUCAGAAUGUCCAUGGUUGCACAAAAUAUGGUUUGGCUGAUGGGUGCUGAUUACAUCAAACAAGCAACUGUUUCAUUGGGCCACAACAUUGGAAAACCACAACACUAUGAAAUCUUUGAUAUCUUUGGAGAGAAUAUUGUAAGCGCUAAGAAUACAGAGUCCUGGAAGAAACAUCACAAGGCUUGUUCGCCUGCCUUCUCCACUCGUAAUUUAGAAUACGUGGUGCAAGUAUCGAAUGAUACUGCUCAAAUGUUACUCGAGAGAUGGUUCAGAAAGAUGCAACAACAUCCGAAUGAAGAGGAGGAGAAGGAAAAUGCUUCCAACUUUGGAAAAUUGUCGACGAACAGUGAGUCAUCAUCAUCAUCCAACAGCAAAACUCCACUCUCCAAUGUAUUACCUCCAAACUCUGUCCUAUUCGAUGGAAAUGAAAUGGCUGAAGUGACCAUGAAUGUCUUGUUGAAUGCUGGCUAUGGACUGACCAAGACAGCCUUAUUUUCCGAUUCGGAACGUAAGAAACAUGUAUUGAGUGAGGAAGAGAAGUCUCAAGGAGAAGAGUUUUUGCAUCAUAUGGAAGUGGCUUUGGCAAGAGCUUUGAUUUUGAGAAGAUUUGUCGAUGAGCAUGAACAUCCAUGGUUGUAUCAAUGGCUCUUGAAAUACACGGGAAUUGAAAAAGGUUUGAAAGCAACGGAACAAGUGUUGGAUCAAAUCAUUGCAGAUCGAAAGAAGGAAUUUGGAAUCACCAUUUCAUCAUUGAGUACAAAUGAAGAGAAGGAACAAUUCUUCGAUUCCGACUUGGAAAAGAAGGAUCUACUGAGUUUAUUAGUGAAGGCUAAUUUAAGGGAUCAAUUAUUGACCGAUCAGGAAAUGAAGAGCAAUGCUUUUGUGGUGUUGUUGGCAGGUUAUGAAACCACUGCAUCCACUCUCCAAUGGUUAAUUUAUGAACUCGCAAAGAAUUCUGAUGUGCAGAGAAAGUGUCAGGAUGAGAUUGAACGUUUACUGGAGAAUGGAACCAAAACUUUCACCUACGACAUGUAUCAUGAUUUCCAAUAUUUGAAUGCAGUGAUUAUGGAGACCUUACGUGUGCAUUGUCCAACAUUCCAAGUGGAUAAGGUUGUUCUCAAUAAGAACGUUCGUAUCGGUAAAUAUGACAUUCCUAAGGGUACUCAUGUCAAUAUUCACAUCAUGGGUCUCAAUUUGAAUGAAAACUAUUGGGAGAAUGCCAACAAGUUUGAUCCAGAACGAUUUGCAACCAAAGAAUUGAAAGAACAAGCUCAAAAUCAAGGCACUUGGAUUCCAUUCUCAUUCGGUAAUCGACGAUGUAUUGGCUUUAAAUUUGCACAAUUUGAAAUCAUCUCUGUCUUGAUUCAAUUAUUGAAGGAAUGCAACUUCACAUUGCUCAACGAUGAAACAGUGGAUCCUGUGAUUGAACAAAUGGGACUCACCUUGAAACCAGCAAAUUUAAAGGUGGCCAUUACUCGACGACGAACACAACAACAAUAA